AGAAGGGGGAGAGGCUGCGAAAAGACCAUGAAGGUCAAACGCAAAAGAUGGCCUCAACAGCAAAGCGCAGUCCACGGAGAACUCCAAGCAAGAGUGCAGGGCGGGAUGGCAGCAUCGAUUCGGGUUCCGAGGGCGUGGGCUGCCUUUUUUGCCUGCACCCUUCCAGGAGUUGUCUCGCGCGCGAUAACGUCCUCGAUUGACACGGACUACAUGCACGACCCGUCACAUCUUCUCAAUGAUGAAGAGCGCGCUGCUGCUUGGCACGACUCCACACUAGCGAAAGUUAACACUGCGCUGCAAAUCAUGCAGAAGAGCGUCGACACUGCAAAAGCUUCCGUCGGGAAGCAGCAAGCAGUGUCCGAUGCUCUCGCCCCGCUGGUUGCGGCUGCCGAGGCGAGUGAAGCGAAGGCGAAAGCGCUCGUGCUGGACGCGAAAAAAGUCGCAGAGUCCAGCAAGGAAGAGGCGUAUUUCUUUCUGACUGAAAUGAUAUUGAUGUCGCUUCUGUGCGUUGUCUUCGUUUUUUUCUUGAAACAGAGAAGUUGUUCUUCGUUGUUAAUCGGGCUCGAGAUCGAGACUGAAAGCGGGAUCUGUAGUCAAACCAAUCACCUGUCAGGGCGGCAAAGGCCAAGGCUAAAGCAGAGGGUGCGGUGAAAGCGAUUCGCGCUGCGGGCGAGGCCUGGUACAAGGAGCAGGAGAGCGCGCUCGCGGAGAAGCAGGAGCUGGCGAAGAAGAGCGCGGGGCCGCCGCAGACCUCGAAGUCAGACUACGCAAAGUACCUGCAGGGGAUGGCCGACCGGGCCAGCGAGGUGGCAAGUACGUACUCCGGCAUGGCGGUGCAGCAGAUGACCGACGCGAAAAAAUUGCUGCGCAAGGCACGCUUCGAGGCGGAGCGGGCCAGCAAGCGGGAAGUUCCGAAUCCGGAAGGCGCGAUGGUGUGGGCGCACCGCACUUUGGCCGAGGCGAACGCGAAAAAGAGCCAGGCACAGCGGUACUACAAGGUAGCCGAGUCUGUCGCGAACGCCCAGCCCGCGUGGCAGCAGGCUGCCGACAACGAAGCGUGA